AUGGAUACGGUAAAACCUAUGUUCUAUGAAAGGAUGGUGAGUAGUGUAUCGACAAGCUUCACUAACCUAGUUGUCGUGGGCAUAAAAGUCGAGCUUGGAUUGAAGAAUGGAAAGAUGAUAACCACCCCUGAAACAUACCAUAACAAUGUCAAAAGGUUUUUCGGAGUUUUUCAAAGAAAGAAAGAGGGUGAAACAAAUGCAAUGUCAACUAGUCAAAGAAGGAUUCACUCGUGGAAGAAGCAACAACAACAAAUUGCUCAACAACAACCAACUUAUCCAAUGCAAUAUAUUCAACAACCGUAUGUGGAAGCUAUCACACCGGCUUUCAACCAAUCGCAAGCUCAUAAAGGGUUGGUGACUCCCAGACCUUUGGGUCCUCCACCAAAUCCUUUACCAUCAAAUCUUUUGAAGCAUAUUGUGCGAGAGUUGGUUGAGAAGAAGAUCCUUUCAUUCCGAGAUGUUGGACCCAACGUGAAAAGUAACCCUCUUCCGACACAUGGUGAUGUAAAUGCCAGUGAGGAUGUUUAUGAUGUUUGUAUAAUCAAAAAUGUUGAAUAUGUUAAAACUCUGUUGCUAGCACUCCAUGCAAGGUUGGUGGGAGCUAGUUUGAUUGAUACCUAUCACGACAACUGUCAAGAAUGUGCUUUAUUUCCAAGAGGGUGUAAAUUGGUAGGAGCUGAUAUUCAAAAUUUGAUGGAUCAAGGUGUUUUACAAGUCUGUGGUCCCACAACAAAUGAGGAAAUUUCAGUAAUUGACCCCUUUUUCAAUCUACCAGAACCUGUUAAGAUAACUUAUCAAACAAAAGAUGUUGUUCGUCCAUCACCCGUGGAAGCUACAACUGCAGUUCCUGCCCCAGAAUAUGGAGGGGUACAGUCGGCGGUGCAAUCAGGUAAAUCAAUUGAAUUUUUGAAAAUGAUAAAGAAAAACGACUACAAGAUAGUCAAUCAGCUACAUCAAACACCGUCAAAAGUAUCUAUCUUAUCCUUGCUUCUAAAUUCCCAAGCUCAUAGGGAGGCUCUACUGAAAGUGCUUGCUCAAGCUCAUGUUACUCAGGAUAUAACGGUUGGCCAAUUUGAUGGGGUGGUCUCCAAUAUCAUAGCUUGCAACACUCUAAGUUUCAGCAAUGAAGAGCUGCCAAAAGAAGGACAGAAUCACAACCGUGCCUUACAUGUAUCCAUAAAGUGCCAACAAGAUGCUCUGGCCAGGGUCUUAGUUAACACCGGAUCGUCCCUCAAUGUCCUACCAAAAAGGGCGCUUGCUAAAUCAUCUUACCAAGGUUCGGAGAUGAAACCUAGUGCACUUGUGGUAAAAGCAUUUGACGGUUCCCGGAGGAUAGUAGUUGGGGGAGGUAGAGCUACUAAUCCAAAUCAGACCGCAUGUAUCAAUUUCCAAGUCAUGGACAUCAAUCCUGCUUAUAGCUUCCUUUUGGGACGUCCAUGGAUACAUGCUGUUGGGGCAGUGACGUCUAGUUUACACCAGAAAAUGAAGUUUGUCGUCAACAACAAGCUCGUCAUUAUCUCAGGUGAAGAAGAUUUCAUCAUUAGUGACCUCUCAUCUUUCCGUUAUAUCGAGGCUGAUGAAGAUGCCUUGGAGACUUCUUUCCAAGCACUUGAAAUAGCCAAUGUCGCACUUGCGGAAGUAAAGGAUUCUAUAAAAAAAGCCAGUUUGUCGUUCGCUUCUUUGAAGAGCGCGAAGUCAGCAGUUGAAAGUAGAGGCCCUAUAGGUUAG